AUGUCUUCUUCUUCACAAAACUUCGUGUCAAGAUCUGUAAUCAAGAAAGUCUUCGCCAAGCAUCAGAAAGAAGGCGAUGGAGCCGUCGUUAGACGUGGCAUUUCCAGGAGUGAGCAGAAGUUGUUAGACCCUUUCUUGAUGCUAGAUGAAUUCUCCGUUUCACCUCCAGCUGGAUUCCCUGAUCAUCCUCACAGAGGGUUCGAAACUGUUACAUACGUACUAGAGGGAGGAAUCACUCACCAAGACUUCAAAGGUCAUAAAGGUACAAUCUAUGCCGGUGAUGUUCAGUGGAUGACUGCAGGAAGAGGAAUCAUUCAUUCUGAAAUGCCUGAAGAAGAAGUUAACAAAGGCUUACAACUUUGGAUCAAUCUUUCCUCUAACGAGAAAAUGAUAGAGCCAAAUUACCAAGAACUGUCGCAUUCAGUCAUACCGAAAGGAGAAGAAAACGGUGUCGAAGUCAAAAUCAUAGCAGGAGAAUCAAUGGGAAUUCAAUCCCCUGUUUACACGAGAACACCAACAAUGUUCCUCGAUUUCACUCUCGAUCCAGGAGCUCAGUUCCACCAGAACGUUCCCGAAUCUUGGAACGCGUUCGCUUACGUUCUAGAAAGCGGUGAAAGCGGCGCCGUUUUCGGCUCCUCGAGCUCUUCCCCUGUUUCAGCACACAAUGUUGUUGUCUUCGGACCAGGGAAUGAUGGUGUUAGCGUGUGGAACAAGUCAUCUUCCAAGAAGUUGCGGUUUGUGUUAAUAGCUGGUGAACCGAUUGGCGAACCGGUGGUUCAGUACGGUCCGUUCGUGAUGAAUACUCAGGCUGAGAUUGAUAUGACCAUUGAAGACUAUCACUAUGGUAAGAAUGGUUUCGAAAUGGCCAAGUUUUGGAGGUCACAAUGA